CAUUUUCUGCCCAGCUUUGCUUCGUGCAGAUCUUAGAAAAUCUGGUCGAUCCCUCGCCCUCUGCUUUGGUUGCGCCUUAACCCGCAGCUUUUCCGACAUGCCUGGCGAGUACACCCUGACCUAUUUUCCUCUUCGAGGGCGUGGAGAGGCGAUACGCAUGCUGCUGGCUGAUCAGGGACAGGAGUGGACAGAGGAUGUGGUGAAUGGGGAGAUUUGGCAGAAGGGAGAUCUCAAGAAAUUAUGUGUCUUUGGCCAACUGCCGAGAUUCCAGGAUGGAAAUUUUAUAUUGCAUCAGUCAAAUGCUAUUCUGCGCCACUUGGCUAGGAAUCACGGACUCUAUGGUCAAGAUGCAAAGGAAGCAGCACUGCUGGACAUGGUGAAUGAUGGUGUGGAGGACCUGCGUGUUAAAUACGGCCGCUUGAUCUACCAGAACUAUGAAUCUGGCAAAGCUGCUUACAUUGAGGCCCUGCCAGCUGAGCUGGGCCCUUUUGAGAAGCUUUUGGCUCAGAAUGAUGGAGGGAAAGGCUUCAUUGUAGGCAAACAGAUCGCCUUUGCAGACUAUAAUCUGCUCGACGUUCUACACAUCCAUUUGGUCCUGGCACCCAACUGCCUGGCUUCCUUGCCUUUGCUGGCUGGGUACGUGCAGCGCCUCAAUGCCCGGCCACUUCUCAAGGAUUUCCUGGAAUCAGAUGCCCGUAAGAAACGUUUUAUCAAUGGGAAUGGCAAGCAGUGAAGCCACUUAAUUCUCUAGGAUGCAAGUUUGUAGUUUUGUACCUUCAAGAUCUAAUAAAGCUAGUUUUAAAAAAGGCCUGCAUCUC